AUGGCCCCGUUUCUAUUGAUCCUGCCGCUACUGGCAUCGCUGUGCUACCUGAUACUGCCGAUCGAAGGCGCAAUCGAACGAGGCGGCUCGACAAAAGAGACCGACCCAGUUGACCCUCGUGUGAGACCGAAAUUCAUCAAGGAUGUUUUAGCGCAAACCGGUGGAAACGCGCUGCUGCCCUGCCAAUUCAACAGUCCUGGAAUAGUAACGUGGAUCAGAAGAAAAGACAGACAACUGCUCACCGUGGGUAGAAGUACACAUUCUAUAGAUACGCGUUUCGUUGUCUCAAACGGUCCUGGCUGGAAUCUACUGAUUAAAAACGUCAAUCAUGAAGAUGCGGGUCUUUAUGAGUGUCAGAUUCAGACGGAACCAAUGCAGCAGCGAUUCAUACAAUUGAACAUCACGGAGGCGUAUUCGGUGAUACCGGGUGGGCCGGAUCUCCACGUGAAGCAGGGUUCCAGCCUGCGUUUGGAGUGCCAGUUGAUGGCAGCCGCAGAAUCGCCUAGCUACGUGUUCUGGUAUCGCGAGACGCGUAUGAUAAACUACGACAACGAGCCCGGCGUUCGAUUCGAGCUUAAGAGAAACGGCUCCGUGCUCGUCGUGGAGAAGGUGAAGCUAUCGCAUGGUGCGAAUUAUACAUGUUCGCCGAGCAACGCCAGGCCGGCUCACAUCGUGCUACAUGUCAUCGAAGAGGAAGAGAAACCGGCAGCUAUGCAUGGAGGCGAUCGGCGAAAUUCCACGGCGACUACGUCAACUAACACCGUACUGACUCUUAUGGUUCUCCUGAUUAUCGAAAAUGUAAGACGGUAUUUCCAGAUUUUCAUCUGCCAUGCCACGUGACUAUUGUAA